AUGUUGAAGCUUUUUGUUGCAUCGUUCUUAUCGAGCGCAGUUCAUGCGCAGUAUAACCUCACAUACAUCAAUUUGAUGUACCGUGCCGAACCUACACUCACAUUCGUAUCCUCCGAUGCCACAGCGACUACCUACAAAAAAGUCUGCGAUGCCGAAACGACGACUCCUACUCCGUCUUUGUCAAUAAAAUACAUAGCCCCUUCGUUGAUAACAGCGGGCUACGACAACGGCCGGUCUGUCGCCCUCUCAUGUUACGCCACCGCACUACCAGCCAGCACCCCGCUUACCGCACCCUCCCCCUGCAUUCCCUUCACCCUGUUCCAAGGCCCAGAGACCUGGGGCUUCCACCUCACAGACGCGGCAUCCGGGGGGUUGACUAAGAACGGCGAGUGCACAUGGACGGACGUAUUUACUGAAGUCCCUAUAACUUGCGAUGGGGAUGCGCGCGGCGGAGACUACGGUUCCAUUGUAUAUCCUAGUGGGCAGCCAUCGGUGUGGUCGCAGAGCGAUUUGAGAGCAACGGAAGAGUUGAAGUUUGCUGUGGCGACUGUUUUGGGUAUGACGGCACCUGCAUCUACCGCAAUGCCGACGCGAACGGGGAUGGGGGCUGAGGCUGGACUGAAAGCGACAGGGAGUGAGGGCGGGAUGGCUGGUGGACCGCGUCCUACUGGCCUGGUGGCGAUGGCUGGGGGUGCGGUUGCGGUUGGAAUAGCAGCGUUUAUGCUGUGA